AGAUACUAAGAUCUUCAACUAACCCGCUGCAUGCAUUUAUGAUUCAUAUCGAGUUUAGUGUGUGUGUUUGUAUAUAAAUGAGGUUGCUCGCUAUGUAUCUUCAUGCUCAAAGUUGAUAGAAAUCAAGAGUUGGGAUUUACAUUUAAGGAAAAUGGCAGGGAAAGGGAGAGUGAUUUCCAAAAGAUUUGGAGUGUUUGCUUUGAUGUUUGUGUUUGCCAUAGGGAUAGCCCAUUGCCGAAGGUUUGAGAAGGAUAAUUUCGGUGGUGGUUUGGGUGGUGGUGCCGGAGGAGGGCUCGGCGGUGGUGCUGGUGUAGGCGGUGGAGCUGGUGGAGGGCUUGGCGGUGGCGCUGGUUUAGGAGGUGGAGGGGGACUUGGUGGUGGUGGAGGAGCAGGAGGAGGUCUUGGUGGCGGUUUAGGAGGCGGAGCAGGUGCUGGUGGUGGUUUAGGAGGCGGAGCAGGAGGUGGAGCUGGAGGAGGUCUUGGUGGCGGUUUAGGAGGUGGAGCUGGCGGUGGUUUAGGAGGUGGAGCAGGUGGUGGUGGUGGUGGUGGUUUAGGAGGCGGAGCUGGAGGAGGUCUUGGUGGCGGUUUAGGAGGUGGAGCAGGUGGAGGUUUCGGAGGUGGUGCUGGUGGAGGAGCUGGAGGCGGUGCAGGUGGUGGUUUCGGAGGCGGUGCUGGCGGAGGAAUUGGGGGAGGAUUCUAAUUCCAAAACGUGCAUGGCAUGGUUGCAAAACCAUGCAAAUUCCUCAUGAGGUGGUGCAAUUCUAAGCAUGCAAAUGCACUUUUAUAGUAUGAUCAGUAAUUAUCGAGCAAAAUAAUAAUGAAAAACGAAGCUGCAAAAUGCUUCUUAGGCUUAGCUGCAAAUUUCUAUGCAAAAUAUGUAUUUUCUUUUUAAUUAUUAAGAUUUAUUCACCAUCUGUCGCACCAAGAUGAUAAGUGCAUACAAUUGUUGUAACUCUAUCCUAUUAAAUAUAUUUGAAUAAAUUCAAUCAA